GUCAAGUAACACCAGCAGGGAGCCUGUCCAAGUAACACCAGCAGGGAGCCUGUCCAAGUAACACCAGCAGGGAGCCUGGCCAAGUAACACCAGCAGGGAGCCUGGCCAAGUAACACCAGCAGGGAGCCUGGCCACGUAACAGGCAGCCCCACCAAGGAACACCACCAAGUAGCCCCACCACGUAACACGUGACAGGCAGCCCCACCAAGUAACAGGUGACAGCAAGUAGCCCCACCACGGAACACGUGACAGCAAGUAGCCCCACCACGGAACACGUGACAGCAAGUAGCCCCACCAAGUAACAGGAGGGCCCCAAGUAACAGCACCAGGUAACACCAGCAAGGAGCCUGGCCACGUAACAGGCAGCCCCACCAAGUAACAGGUGACAGCAAGUAGCCCCACCAAGGAACAGGUGACAGCAAGUAGCCCCACCAAGGAACACGUAACAGCAAGUAGCCCCACCAAGGAACACGUGACAGCAAGCAGCCCCACCAAGGAACACGUGACAGCAAGUAGCCCCACCAAGGAACAGGUGACAGCAAGUAGCCCCACCAAGGAACAGGUGACAGCAAGUAGCACCACCAAGGAACACGUGACAGGCAGCCCCACCAAGGAACACGUGACAGCAAGUAGCUCCACCAAGGAACACGUGACAGCAAGUAGCACCACCAAGGAACACGUGACAGGCAGCCCCACCAAGGAACACGUGACAGCAAGUAGCUCCACCAAGGAACACGUGACAGCAAGUAGCCCCACCAAGGAACACGUGACAGGCAGCCCCACCAAGGAACACGUGACAGCAAGUAGCCCCACCACGUAACACGUGACAGCAAGUAGCCCCACCAAGGAACACGUAACAGGCAACAUGGAGGCAACAAUGGACUCGCUGGUGUUCGAGACGGACGCCACCGUGCACAGCGAGGCCCCCGGGGGACAGGAAGCCAGCAACUCGUCCAUGGGGGACGCCGCCCCCGUCAUCCACUACCCGCGGGCCGCCACCAUCUUCGCCGCCGCCGCCAGCAUCCUCUUCAUCCUCGUCGGCAUCCUCGGUAACCUGGUGACCAUCAUAGCACUGAGCAGAAGUGUUAAGCUGCGGGUCCACGCCACCACCGCCUUCGUCAUCAGCCUGUGUGCCUCCGACCUGCUCUUCUGCUCCAUCAACCUGCCCCUCACAGCCUCCAGGUACAUCCACGAGUCAUGGGUGCUGGGGGACACCCUCUGCAGCAUCUUCCCCUUCUUCUUCUACGGCAACGUUGCUGCCUCGCUUCUCAACAUGGUGGCCAUUACCCUCAACAGGUACAUACUGAUCGCUCACCACGGCCUCUACGAUCGUGUCUACCGUCACCACUACAUCUACCUCAUGAUCGCUGUAGUGUGGCUCUUCUCGUUUGGAAUGAUGAUGCCUCCCCUGUUGGGGGUGUGGGGCCGCCUGGGCCUCGAUCCCCCCUCCUUCUCCUGCACUAUCCUCAAGAAGGAUGGCUCCUCACCUAAGAAGUUCCUCUUCCUCUUUGGCUUCCUCCUGCCCAUGAUAGCCAUCGUCGUCUGCUACUCCGCCAUAUACUACAAGGUACGGGAGUCCCGACGCAACCUGGUGGCCCACACCAACAAGGGCGGCUCCCCCUCCACCUUCAACGUGCACAUCGCCCGCAAGGAGGACCUCCGCCUCACCAAGAUGAUGCUCACUAUCUUCCUCUGCUUCCUGGUCUCCUUCCUCCCUCUCAUGAUUGUCAAUGUUGCCGACGAUGACGUGCUCGUGCCAUCCCUGCAUGUGUUGGCAUCCGUGCUAGCCUGGGCCUCGGCUGUAGUCAAUCCCUUCGUCUAUGCUGUCACGAACCGGCAGUAUCGCUCGGCCUAUCGCAAGUUAUUUUGUUGCCUUCGGAGUAAGCCAGGCAGAGCUUCCAACUCGCACUCGAAGAGCAACUCCUCACGGACCUUUGUCACCGAGUUCCAAUACCACGCCUCCACUGGUCAGGUCACCAGUCCGGUUCUUGCUAACUCCACACCAGACGCUUGAGCUAAGGUCGCAAUCCUUAAGCUCAAACUCCUCCUCCUUCAUCCAUCCUAACCCUGGGUUACCUAUCCUCACCUACCCUACCACCCAUGCUUGUCCUGAGUCAAUUCUCCUCAAAUCUUUCACCACUCAAGCUACCCACGAGUCACCUCUCCUCACCUCAACUCUCCCUGAGUCAGUGUCUCCCACCAUACCAGCCACCCCACAGUCACAAGGUGCAUCCUCAUCCAGUAUAUUCUUUAUGCCAGAUAACACGUCACUUCCCUCUUCCACAGUCACCAAACGAAAACAGAAAGCUAGAUCACCUUCUCCCUCCUCCACCUCCUCAACAGAUUCCUCCUCCUCCUCCACGAUAUUCCCCCAAAUCCUUCCCCCCGAGCACAGGCUGUCAGCCUCACUCUACAUAACAUUUGCAAAGAUUGAAAUCACACCAAGAAAUUCAUCUUUUCUAGACCCGCACCCUUCAGGAGAGUCCAGGUCCCCAACCCCACCCUCUCCGUCCUGACUAAACACCCCUUAGGUAAGUCCAGGUCCCCAACCCACACCCCUCAGGUGUGUUCACGUUCCUUCCCUACCCAUAGCACGCCUUCCACUUUGACCAGCCCUCCAUCCCCAGCCCCUCCUAAUGAAGUGAUUAUAAUUUACCAUUGGCUUGCUGCAGUAACAUGUUAAACCUCUCCUAUACUGGAGACUAACAGAUAAUUCCAGGUUGUUAUAGAACCUGUACAAAUAAAUAUGCUGUACGAUAAACAAUAUAGGUCGUUGGUGAAGGUUUAGGAGAGCUGAUACACAUAGGGACCCCAGAGCUGUCCAAGUGCUGGUGUGUGAGGACCCCAGACUGGUGGUGGUGUGAGGACCCCCUGAGUGGUAGGUGUGUGAGGACCCCAGACUGGUGGUGGUGUGAGGACCCCCUGAGUGGUAGGUGUGUGAGGACCCAGACUGGUGGUGGUGUGAGGA